AUAUUCGAAUUAACGGGAGUAUACACCAUAAAUCAUAUUUUUCUCUGAUAAUACAUUAAAUUUCGAAGAAGAUAUGCGCCUAUUUUACCGAAAACUGCCACACAGAAUAAUAUAAACUUUAAGUAAUGUCGAUGAUAUGACAAGUCAAGAAAUGUUGAGGUUUCUGUAUAUGUAUAGCACAUUCUAAAAUUAAAAAUAAUAUUGAAGUUAUUUGACGUUAACUAUUUAAGAGAAAAAAAAGAGUUGUCUAAUGACAUUGGUGUGUGAAGAAAAAUACAUUGUCAUUGACAUAACAUUAAUAAAAUUACUGCAAUGACAGCUUAUUAUUAUUUCGUAAUCGUUGGUCAUGCCGAUAACCCCUUAUUCGAAAUAGAAUUUAACAAUUCUGGGAAGGAUGCAAAGAAAGAAGAUUACUCGCAUUUGAACCAAUUCAUCGCACAUUCUGCAUUAGAUCUUGUAGAUGAACAUACAUGGAAAACUACAAAUAUGCAUUUAAAAAUUGUGGAUAAAUUCAAUCAAUGGUUUGUAAGUGCUUUUGUUACCGCCACUCACAUUAGAUUCAUUAUGGUACAUGAUAGCAAGAAUGAAGAUGGCAUAAAAAAUUUCUUCAAUGAAAUGUAUGAAACAUACAUAAAAUAUUCUAUGAAUCCGUUCUACAAACUAAACACACCAAUUAAGUCGAUCGGUUUUGAAAAAAAGGCCCAACUGUAUGGCAGGAAAUACUUAUCGUCAUAAGUCCUAUGAAGUAUUAAUAAUGUUAUUUAUUGCUACAUAUUAUACAUUAAUCUUGUUUUAAAGAAUAAGUUUUAGCUAUACAUGUAAGCUAGAUCUGGAAUUUUGUUAAUAAUGAAAUAUAAUACAGUACAUACAAUACAAAAUA